CUGUUUAAAAACAUAUUAUUUAGUUUUACUAUUCUUAAAUUAUUAUUUUUUAAAGAGAAGGGGCAACUACUAGGCUUUACGGCAGAACUUCAGGCGUCCUAUCCUCCCUGGGAAUUUGAUGACCACGUGGCAGUUGAAACUGCAAAUGAGCAGGGAAGAGAACAAGAAGAAAAGACAAUGUCUAAAAGAAUUCAGAGUGCCCCUGAGGCGCUCAUGCCAGUCCGAGUUUUUAGCUUCAAUCACAGCGUUCCAAUUAUCAACUUGAGUGAUGAAACUAAUACUCGAAUAUUUUAUGUGUCGGGUCAUCUUGGAAUAAUUUACGAUGUCAAGAAGAAUGAACAGUAUAUUUUGCGCGGACAUAUAAAUACCAUUACUUCAACAAGCGCUAGUCGCAAUCGCAGAUGGUUGGUUACAGGAGAUGCAGGUCCUGAUAAUGCAGUGAUGGUAUGGGAUGCUCAAACAAGAAAGGUAGUAAGAUGCCUCUUUGGGAUACAUCCAGAAGGCGUGAUUGCUCUCAGACUCACUCCUGAUGCGCGUUAUCUUGCCUCUCUCUCUGCUCCAGCAGUUAAUGACUCAGGUCAACAAACCUUAUCAAUUUGGAAUUGGACAUUAGGACCCCAUGAAACGUGUAGUGAUGAUGCAUGCGAUCAGUCUCUUGUGCGCCCUCAAUCUUUGUGCUCCGUUCAAAUAAAAAAUGAAGAAACCGGGAUUCAAACCCAUAUCGCCUUCAAAGAAGAUGACUAUUUCCAACUUAUGUCCAAUAGCGAAUCCCAUGUGGUCUUUUAUAACUGGACCUUGGAGGGAAAAGUGACUUCGCACACACCAGCACUUGAGCCGAAGAUUUUUCAGACAAACUAUGGAAAGUUUGUAAUGUCGGUAUAUGUUCCAAAUACAGAUAUGGCAAUAACGGUAACUUCGAAAGGAUUUGCAGUUGUUUGGGAAAAAUGUCGAUAUACUGAUAAGGGUUCGCAACAAUACCCUUAUUUCAGAAGUGCAACGAAAUUAAUUCCACUUCAUCAUUCUGGAAUCACUAAUCUGACGAUAACAACGUGCGCUCCUGCGGGGGUAGCUAUCGUAACAGGAGAUGAAGAAGGAAAUGUCCGUUUCUUUGAUUCGAACUUCAAACUUCUGCACUGGUAUCACGAUCUAAAAUAUGGACCAAUAUUAUCCAUAAAUUUUUCUGAAACUGGACGCAUUAAAUUAGGUGUAAAUGAUGAAUGCAUAAAUGAAAAGGCACCUGACGGCUUUGAUCCAAAAAUGCCUAUCUCCGUAGAAGACUUUAUUAUUAGCACCUCAAAUGCCAUUGUGGUCAGUCUGCAAGCUGAAGGAAAAAACGUCAAACUUCUCGAAAGGGAUCAGUCUUCUACAGUAAAUUGUCUUGCCACUCACCCGUUAAGAGAUUUAGUUACUAUGGUUGGCCACUGUGGUAUGAUAAAGACUUGGAAUUACAAGUGGCUUGUUCCUGUUCGCACUCGACUGAUAGAGGAUCAGCAGUUGAACGCAUGUGCUUUCGAUCCCCUGGGUGUUUUCUUGGCUGUCGGCUGCACCUCGGGUCGAGUAUUGUUCGUCGAUGGUCUAACUUUAGACGACAUUGACCAACAUCCCUUCGACUAUGCUAAAGGUCCAAUUAGCAAGAUUGUUUUCAGUCCUGAUGGAAAUUACUGCGCGUACUUUGACACGGAUCUUACAACCACACUGUUGAGGCAAGGUGAUGUUAAAAAUAAAAACGAAUCUAAAUGGGUCUUCUCUGGACGUCAUCGCGCACAUGGAGAUAGAAUAGUGGAUAUACUGUUUCACAACUUUGGAAGCAUUGACAAACCAAGACUCCUUACCUUGGGCGAAGAUAGGAUGCUGGUGGAGUAUGAUAUUGGGAAUGCUACGUCUGAUGGUCUACCUCUUAAGCUAAGGAUUCAGGUGGAAACUAUAGCCAAGCCUCAGUGUUUUACGGCAAUGGGUGACCUAUAUCCCGAAAAUUUUAUCUGCUAUGCAAACUCAGACUCAAAAUUUCGAUUGCUCGAUGUUGACUCUUUUGGUAUUAGGAAGACCAUUGCUGCGCCUGUCAGAGGGGCUCCUUUAGUCUGUAUUUCAACUCUACCGGAAAAAGAUGAUUUUCCUACGCCUCCAUCAACACCAACAAUAUUUGGGAAAUCCCUAAGGAAGAAUUGCUUAGUUUUUCUAACCAACGAGCAGCUGUGGAUGGUUCUAGUUCCACUGGACGGAGAUCCUUACAAGACGACCAGUAUCAUUGCUCAUCCUUGUUGUAGACAUGGAUCUGGCUACGCCUCAGCUAUGGCUGUUUCGAGAGAUCGUCGAUUUAUCUUCACAGCUGGAGGUCCAGAUAACUCAAUGCAUAUGUGGAGAGCUAAUCCUGGCGUUCUCGUUGCCCAAACACACGUUUAUUGUGACCCAAUGCAGCCCUUCUACGAAAUGCUAACUGAAGACCAGCUAAACGAUUUGAAAGACUUCUUCUAUUUGUCGUUGACUCGAGUCCAGGGAGUGGAUAGUAUGGAUACUCGUAAAACUUCUUACACAAUUCCUAUCACUGAGAUACCCUACCUAACAAGGGCGAUGGGCCUCUUCCUUUCAGAGUUCGAUAUUGAAAAUAUGAUCAAUGAAGUGAAAUAUUCACAAUACAGCACCACUAGGGAACUUAUCGAGGAGAUUGAUCUGGACACAUUUAUAAAGCUUUAUGUGAACUAUAGACUACCAUACGACAGUACAUCAGUGGAAGAGUUAGAAGAGACAUUUAAAACCAUAUUGGAGUCAUUGGAGAUCGAAGAAUCGACACAUCCGGAAAACGAAAUACCUGCCCAGUCUAUCAAUCGAAAAAGCUUCUUAGAAUUGCUACAGACUUCUGGUGAGCCGAUUAGUCGCAAAAAGCUGGUGGAAUCUCUAUCAGUGCUUUUGGGCCUAGAUUCAAUGUCCGGAAACUUUGAAGAUAGAUGCUUCCUUAAAGAUCUUCCAGAUUUAAAAGAAAUCGAAGAAUGCUUACCUCCUUAUAUAAAUUGCGAUGGAUUCUACAGUGCAAUACUAGGGAUGAAUGUAUGCGAGAAUGAUAAAUCUGACAUAGAGAACGACAGACGCAGAAUGGAACAUAAAAAUGUACCUUCUGAUGAAUGUUGCCAAACCGAGUUAUAA